AUGGAGAACAGUCAUUCUGUACGAUAUGAGCUCCUGGCUGCUAUUGGGGAAGGAGCUUACGGAAAAGUGUACAAGGCGAGAGACCUGGAAAAUAACGGGAAAUGUGUGGCUCUGAAAAGAAUAGCGGUUCCAAGAACGCCAGAGGGGAUCCCUUUCAUUGUCAUUCGAGAAGUGGCCUGGUUAAAACAAUUAGAACUCUUUGACCAUCCAAACAUCAUCAGGUUGUUUGAUGUCGAGCUUGGUCACCAGACGGAUCAGACAAUGAAACUGACGCUAGUGUUUGAACUGAUUGAACAGGAUUUAUCAGUUUUCCUUGCAAAAGUUCAGGAGCCAGGGCUUCCUCGUAACAAAGUAAAGGAUAUGAUACAUCAGCUCUUUAGAGGCUUAGAUUUUCUCCAUUCAAACCGUGUGGUACACCGAGAUUUGAAGCCACAGAACAUUCUGGUUUCAAGCAGCGGCCAGGUGAAGUUGGCAGACUUUGGUCUGGCACGAGUGUACAGCUUCAACAUGGCUCUGACGCCUGUGGUUGUUACGCUGUGGUACCGGGCUCCAGAAGUCCUUUUGUAUUCACGCUACACAGCAGCUGUCGACAUCUGGAGUGCAGGCUGCAUUUUUGCUGAAAUCCUCCAACUGAGACCCUUCCUUUGUGGAAUUUCAGAUAUUAAUCAGCUUCAAAAAAUAUUUGAUGCUCUUGGUCUUCCGGCUGAAGAGGAAUGGCCUCCAAAUGCCCCACUGCCCUACAACUCUUUCACUCCCAGGCUGGUGAAGCCUAUUGAAGAUUUAUUACCGCGGAUUGAUUCACUGGGCAAAGACCUACUACUUAAGUGCCUGCGCUUUAGUCCAGACCAAAGGACUUCCACCUACGAGGCUCUUGCCCAUCCAUAUUUCAGGGACACGCCGGAACAUUUUUAG